AAAGGCUCGCUUCUGCAGCUUGCCAAUACUACCGUGGUGCUAGAAAACGGCCAUGGCCUGAGCAGUACGGAUCAUUUGCGUUGGGGCUGAAUCUUGAUUCAGCAUGCUAACCAUGCUUCGAGGCUAUACUCAUCUGUACUCGACUUAUCACUUGUGGUUGUACUCAAGACUUUCAAUCCUAAGGCAGACAACGACGUGUGUCUGUCGAGCGCAUCCACGAACCCGGUGUGCGUAUACCCAGUAUCCGACGACGGGUCAGCAUCCUCGUCGAAGCCGCCACGAUCGAAUAUCAGUCGGCGCCACAUCAUUUUAUUUGGAAGACUGCAGCAGGACCCUUACUGCGACGUCAGAGACGCGCCUACACCGCCUACGUCGCAGCCAGAUAUCAGUCGCCGUAGGUGACAUCAAUGCACAUUGGAUCGCACCUUUUUCGACCUCAAAACUAUAUACGCGCUGAGUUAUCAGCCUACCCGAGCCAACCGGGAGCUCACCAUAAUUUCAGCAUUGCUGAAUAUACGCAUUACUGUGCCUGCUGGCAAUAGCCGCAUUUCCCCCAGGCCGAACAUCAGCAUUAACGGAGCCUAGC